AAACCGUGAUAACGUAAACGCCUACUGAAAUUGCUUAAGUAUAAAUUGUACUCAUCACCAAAACAAUAUCUCAGUAAACUUUCCAUUAAAUGCUUGAGCAGAUGUGUAUAAUAUUGUACUAGCAAGAAAUACCGUGGUGAUAAAAUACCUAAAAGUAUGGUGGAAAAAGUGGCUGUGGUGACCGGAUCCAACAAAGGUCUUGGGUUCGCAAUUGUUAAGGGACUAUGCCAACGAUUUGAUGGAAUAGUCUACCUUACAGCCAGAGACAAAACCAGGGGACUGGAAGCUGUGAAGAAACUAAACGAAAUAGGAUUGAGACCAGAAUUCCACAUUCUUGAAGUCACUGACAGGGAAUCUAUAAGCGAAUUUGCGGAUUUUAUCAAGAAAAGACAUGGAGGCUUUGAUGUUUUAGUUAACAACGCUGCUAUGCUUGAGUGGGACGCUGUCUAUCCUUCCUACGAUGUUGCUAAAAGGACCAUUGACGUGAACUACCGAAGCCUACUAACAAUUGAGGAGCUAUUAUACCCUUUACUAAGAGAUGGAGCGAGGGUAGUCAACGUAUCCAGCAACUGUGGCCAUCUAUCCAACUUACGAAACCAAAAGUGGAUCGAAACUUUAAAAAGUGUCGAUCUAACCACAGACAAACUAAACGGAUUUGUCGAUGAUUAUUUACAGUCUGUGCGGAACGGAACGUUUAGGAAGGAGGAUUUUGCCGAUGAGGGUAAGCAUGCUGAGCACAGGGUAGCUAAAAUAGGUGUUACGGCCCUAACAUUUAUUCAACAGAGGAAGUAUUACAAAAGGAAUAUUUCGAUCAACGCAGUGUACCCGGGGCAUAUCAAAACGGACAUGGCUCAAGGUGGAGGACAGAUUGAUGCUGAUGAGGCUGCGAAGGUGGUUCUGUAUCUGAUAUUGGAGGCGUCUCCUAAUUUGAAAGGUACUUUCAUGUGGCAUGAUCGUAAGCUGGUGGAUUGGCUUGAUGCCGAAGAUAAAGAUGGUGUGCAUUAUUGCAAAGGUCUCUGGUAGAUUU